AUGGAUCAAGACGAGACUGACCAGGAAGCUUCGGAGCCCCCGGUACAUGGGAUACAUGGGCCGAACCGAAUUCGGCCUUCGUCGUAUCGGGCGCUGCGGAGCGCUGUUUCCAGCCUGGCACGGAUCGAUGACUUCUUCUGCGAGAAGAUUGGGUCUGGUUUUUUCUCUGAAGUGUUUAAGGUGCAGCACAGGAUUACGGGUCAGGUGAUGGCACUGAAGAUGAACACACUGGCCAGUAACAAAGCCAACAUGCUGAGAGAGGUACAGCUUAUGAACAGACUGUGCCACCCCAAUGUCCUCAGGUUUUUGGGAGUGUGUGUUCAUGAGGGGCAGCUCCAUGCUCUCACUGAGUAUAUUAACGGGGGCAGUCUGGAGCAGCUGCUUGACAGUGACGUAUACCUGCCCUGGUCAGUGAGGAUUGGCCUGUCUCUGGACAUUGCCAGGGGACUACAGUACCUCCACAGCAAAGGCAUCUUCCAUAGAGACCUCACAUCCAAGAACUGUCUGGUGCGCUGUGAGAACGGUCAUUUCACUGCUGUAGUUGGAGACUUUGGCCUGGCAGAGAAAAUCCCAGAUUACAGUGACUGUGUGGAUAAGCAGCCACUAGCUGUGGUGGGCUCCCCCUACUGGAUGGCGCCAGAGGUGCUGAGAGGAGAGCUUUACAAUGAGAAGGUUGAUGUUUUUGCCUAUGGGAUUAUUCUCUGCCAGAUUAUUGCUCGGAUUGAGGCUGACCCCGACAUCCUGCCAAGGACCGAGGACUUUGGGCUGGAUGUGGAGGCCUUUGGACACAUGGCUGGAGACUGUCCCAAUGCUCUUUUUAGACUGGCUGUUCAUUGCUGCAAUAUGUGUGCUGACAGCCGCCCAUCCUUCUCUGAAAUUGUGAUCAGCCUGGAGACGGUGGAGAGAGAGAGGGAGGAUAAUGGAGCCAUGGUUAUUCUGGAACCUGUUUCCACAGAUGACAGUCCAUUUGGGAAGAAAGUCUCACAACGUCGACUUGGGGACCAUAGGCUAUCGCGCAGUCAGUCGGACAUGUUGCCUUCCACCAUGCUGCCCUGUCUGGGCAUGCCAGCGAGAGUCAACCCCUUCUCUCUGAGACAAGACCUGAACGGAGGACGUAUUAAGCUGUACGAUACGCCCAGCAAGUCCGUCAUCUCCCUCACAUUCACCCUACCCCCUCCCCCUGAUCCCUGUGCAUCACCGUCACUCGGUAGAGUCUCCAGCUGGCACAGACCCCCCCGGCGCUGCCAGUCGCUGCCAUGCACACCACAGCUGGCCAGAUCCUUCUCCUUCCUCUGUGAUCCAGAGGGUACAAGUUUGGAGGAGAAAGAGAAGGAGGGAGAGGUUGAGAGUACGAGAAGAGAGGAAAAUGGGGUAGAGCUUAUUAAAACAGAGAGUGAAAGCAAGGUGGUUCUGAUGAAUGUAGAGGUGGACUCAGGUCUGGCUCUGGACUUGGAGAUGGUUUCACUAGAAUGCGUGAAGGAAGAGGAUGUAUUGGGUCAGAUGGAGCCCAUGGACUGCAGCAGCUCCCCAGACACAGCAGAAAGCGUCAUUGCCAUGCAGAUACAGUCUCUGCACUCUGCAGCAUCGUCUGCAUUCUAUUCUGCUGCAUUGCCCCCUAGCGGCUGGGUAACCACAGGCUCCAGUGGACCUCCAUCAUUUCCCUCUUUCCCUCACUUGAAUAGCAAUGAUUUAUUAGGGGUCGGACAUCCAUUAGGAUGGGGUGAGGUUAAUGGUUACCAUGGCCAUGCGUCAGAGCCCCUGGUACCACCUGCCGAAGAGGACGAACUCAUUUCCUGUCCUGGUUGCUGUUUGGCCGGAUUCAGCUUUCCCUCCAUAUGCCUUCGUGGAGCACCCCCCCCUCGCCAUGGACCUGCACCACACCCCUAUCAAAACCUCUGCGGUCAGCAGCCAAACACCGCUGCCAUGAAGAGCAAACGACUCCGGUGUGAGGGCGGUAAGGGCCUGGCCCCACUGGCUGCCCUGUGUGAGCCUGGCCUACCCCUCCCAGAGGCACAGACGUAG